GGCGGAGGGAGGUUAGAGAGACAGGAGAUGCGAGGGUUUUAGAGAGGGACAUGAAAUGAAAACCGCGCUUCCAUUUUCACACACAACGAGGCAUGCCCUCGCGCACUCUUGACUGUAGCAGAUUCCUCUCUCCUUUUUACGCUUCUUUUUCAAUUUCUCCUUACUAUUUUUAAUCAUCAUUUCAGUUUGAUCUAUCCUUCUGCAGCGUCUCGGCUGUAGAACCGCUAAAAGGAGACUGAUUCUCGCAGAUUCAAUUCAUUAUUUUCAAUCCUUUCAGGUUUCCGUUAAUGGGUCUGGAUUUAUGACUCGCUAUCCACUCUUCUGCUACUCUGCCAUUCCCUCUUACGUGAAAGUACCAACUCUGUUUUUCGUUUCCUCUCUGUAGCGUCAAGAACACGAGCGUCCUCAGCAUCAAUGCCCAACGGUUUUACCUCAUAUUCACCUUAUUUUCGUCCCAUUCCUCAAACCGAAGUUUUCAACAAGUGGGUUUGUCGUUUGAUGCUGAACUCAACUCGUUUGGGGGCUUUUCGGGGUUGCUCUGUUUUCAUCUGUCUGCAACGCGAAGGUUAGGGUUUGAAGAAGUUCUCUUUUGCUUAUCUUUUACUUUGAUCGCAUUCCUGUUUGUUAGUUUUGGUGGUUUUGCCAAAGUGGGGUUUCAGUCACUCAGAGAAAUUGCUCUUGGCUUUGGGGUCGGAGGAAGAGGAAGAUGAGGUUAGUUUCAUGAAGUGGCUUGUUCGAUUCUGGGCAAAAAAAUGGGUUGUGCUAGCUCGAAACCAGAGAAGGACGUCGCUUUGCGUCUAUGCAAGGAACGGAAGAAGUUCAUAAAGCAAGCCAUUGAUUCGAGGUGCGCUCUUGCAGCUGCUCAUGUAUCCUACAAUCAAGCUCUUCGGAACAUCGGCACUGCUUUGCGGCGUUUUGCCGAGGCUGAGGUGUUGAUAGAGUCAUCUCUCUCGGCAUCGGCCACUGAGCUUGACAAAACCCCUUCAAACUCUUCUUAUCCUUCUGCAUCUCCUUCGCACAUUGCUGAGGUUUCCGAUUCACCAGUGCACAAUAAAAGUCCCCUUUCACCACCAAUGUCCACCUUGAGUUACAUGAGAUGUGGUGGGAGUGCUGCUGCCGUGACUGUUAUGGUCAAUCCACCCAGUAACAACUUUGUCCAUGAAGAAUCUGUCGCAUUUUCAAUGCCGCCACCCCCACCUCCCCCUGAUUUUGAUUCCUCUUGGGAUUUCUUCGAUCCUGCUGAAGAUGUUGAAAGCUUUAGGCUUGUACGAAGUAAUGGUGGAGAUGUGAAUAUUGAUAAUAUGCGGGUGUGGAAACAGUUUGGGGGUAAAGAAGUUGGUUUGGACAGAAAAAAUGAACCUGAUGAAGCAUUCAUGAGGUUGAAAUCUGAGCGGAAGGCCUCUGUAGUUGCUGGGUAUUCAGGUACUCGGAUGGUUAGCCAUUCUCAAUCUGUUGAGCAUGAUGCCUCGUCAAUACCCCCAGAAGGGUUUAGAAGUGGUCAUUUUCGUGAAGAGUUACCCAUUGGCAAGGCUGCUUUAGAGCAGUCCAGUUCAGAAAGAGAAAUGAAGGUUGGGGAGAAAGACCUAUCUGAGGAAAGAGAAGAUCCUUCAGAGUUUAUUACCCACAGGGCUAAAGAUUUUCUUUCGAGUAUAAAGGAUAUUGAGCAUCGAUUUUUUAGAGCAUCCGAAUCUGGUAAGGAGGUCUCCAGAUUACUCGAGGCAAACAGAAUAAGGGUUGGAUAUUCUGAGGUUAAAGGGAGCUCCUUUGCCUCAGCUUUCUUGGCAGCUGUCCAGCUAGUUUGUUGCAGAGGCAAAACUGCGCUUGUUUCUCAUGAGCCCCCACAAAAUGUAACAAAGAUCAUAACUUGGAAUCGGUCAACAUCUUCACAAUCAUCUUCAUCAAAGAAUCUUCUUGCUGCAUCUGCGAGAGAUGAUGUCUCUGAGAGUGGAAGUGACUAUGUUGAAGCAUUUUGUAUGUUCGCAGGGAGCCAUUCCUCCACUCUGGAUAGGCUGUACGCAUGGGAGAGAAAACUCUACGAUGAAGUGAAGGCUAGUCAGCCUAUCAGAAGGGAGUAUGAUAGGAAGUGCAACCAGCUUAGGCACCAGUUUGCAAAAGAUCUUAGCAGCCAAGUGAUUGACAAAACCAGAUCAGUUGUAAAGGAUUUACAUUCACGAAUAAGAGUGGCAAUUCAAGCUGUUGAUUCAAUAUCCAAGCGAAUUGAGAAAAUGAGGGAUGAAGAGUUGCUGCCGCAGCUUUUAGAACUCAUUCAAGGAUUGAUCAAGAUGUGGAAGGACAUGCUUGAAUGCCAUCAUGCACAGUACAUCACUAUUUCAUUAGCAUACCACGCAAGAAGCUCAAGAGGAACACCCCCAAGUGAUACCCAGCAGCCAACCAUGGCUCAACUUCAACAAGAGAUUGAAUGCUUUGGGUCAUGCUUUGCAGAUUGGAUCAACAGUCACACCUCCUACGUGGAUGCUCUUUAUGGUUGGAUGCAGAACUGCAUUUUGCUGCAACCCCAAGAACGAUCCAAGAGCAGAAGGCCGUUCUCACCUCGUCGAGCUCUGGCUCCUCCAAUUUUUGUUCUUUGUCGUGAUUGGUUAGCUGGGAUUAAAUCUUUGCCUUCCGAUGAACUUAUUGAAGCCAUCAAAACCUUCUCGUCUGAUCUGCACAGUUCAAUGGGGAGACAAGCUGAGGAACUACAGAAGAAACAAAAAUCAUCUGAUUCAAUAAAUGGAGAAUCAGAGACUAAAGAAGAAGAGAGAAACGAUGACCAGUCUUCAAAUUUGAGCAGCAUACAAGCAAGUUUGACGAAAGUACUUGAUCGACUAACCAAAUUUUCUGAGGCUUCUCUGAAAACAUAUGAAGAUAUUCGGAAGAAGAAUGAAGCUGAUCAAAGGGCUUAUUCAAAUUGCAGGCCCGCUGUAUUUUAAAAGUUUGUGUAAUUAUUGAAUAUAACUGUCUCUAAGCUUCCGUUGGAAAUAGAUUCUCUGUAAAAUUCAAAGUACUUGCAUGAACCUCGGGCAGGAUAUAGAGUAAAUGUUAAGUGGUGAAGAAUUAGUAUUAUAACUAGUUCUUUCGUUGAUUUUUUGGUCA